AUGACAGUGACACCGGUGAUAGAGACGAUGGAGAUGAGGCGGCAGGAAGUAUCAGUUGUGGCAGAGGACAGAGACAGAGACACGGAGAACCAUGUGGACUUCACUGAACGUUGCAGAAUGGCAGGAUCAGGAGUGGCACUGCGGCUUCAUGAGUUUAAAGAAGGAAAUGUGAUCAGUCAGCAUCAUGGAGCAGUCUUCCGGACAGGCAAAGACUUGAAGGGACUGUAUCCUGGACAGCUAGCCAGAGUUCAUGUCAUUCCCUCACCAUGGCAGAGAAUGAACCUGCAAUGUGUAAAGUGUCCACAAGAGAAAGAACAACUAUACCGGCGAAGCUUCGACCUUCUCACGCUACAGGCCCUGGAGUUGAGAACAACACACACACCUCAUACGCAGCCGACACAUCACACUGUGUACCAGCAGGAGUUCGGCCGCCAGACUCACUUCUAUUCACCUGAUGACACCAAGAUGACUCUAAUUUCCCAUCCUGCUCCUCUGCAACAAAGAUAUAAUUUCACACCUCACUAG